AUGUUCGAUGCAUGGAAGGGCGCCAUCGCGUCCAUGAACGGCGCUAUGCAGCACGUGGCGACUAGCCUCCCUGGUGCUCGCGCUGCUGCCUACCUCGGCGCCCCGGGAACGGAGGCGAACUUGCGAGCCCUCGCGAUCUCCACGGGCGUGUUCCUCGGCAUCCACCUCCUCUUCUCUCUCCCCCCGGCGACGGCCUUCUUCAAGUGGUACUUCGGCCGCAACCCAGACAUGAGGCGGCACAAGGGGCGGCUCGGGGAGGCCGUGGCGAUCGCGCCGUGCAGGAUCGCCGGGUUCGUCCACCACGUCCACCAGAUCGUCCUCUCCGCCGCCAUCCUCACGGGCGCGCACGCCAGCGUCAUCUCCACCAACCCGUUCAUGUAUGCCACGGAGCUGACGCGCACCAACCUCGCCAUCUCGACAGGGUACUUUUUGUACGACAUGGGCGUCGUGGCGUACCACUACAAGAUCGAGGGGCCCGCGUUCCUCAUCCACUCCCUCGCCUGCUCGUCGUCGUUCGCGCUCAUGCUCCUGUACGACCGCUGGCACUACUGGGCGUCGGGCUUCUUGCUGUACGAGGUGUCGUCGCCUAUCAUCGUGGCGCGCUGGUUCAUGAAGGAGGGCGGCGUGCACACCGAGUACGGCGCUGCGGGCCGCGUGCUGUACGCGCUGAACGGCGCAUGCGCGCUCGUCGCCUUCCUGGGCUGCCGCAUUGUGUGGGGCACGUACUUCACCCUCCAGCUGUUCGACAAGCUGGGCAUGGCGGAGCGGGGCGAGGUGGUGAACGACGCGCCGAGCUGGGCAGGACCGUUCGGGCGGGUGAGCACAGGGACGCUGCUGGCGUUGAACUUCUUCUGGACGUACAAGCUGGUCGUGCACACCUCGAAACCGGCGCGGAAAAGCGGGUCGCUGGAGGCCAACGGCAAGAAGCAGUCGUGA